CGCGCGCGAUGGUCGGGUCGGGUGCAUGCUCAGGGGUGUGCGCGCGUUGGGCAAUGGGGCGACGUUCCAGGGGCCGAGGUUGCGCGUGUGUCCGGGGGACGGUUGUAUUCAAAAUGUUUGGAGGGAAGGACAAACGGACAGAGAGCGGGUGCAGCGCGUUCAAAACCUCACACCUCGGGCCUGGCGGGCUGGUUUGCACAAGUAACUGGAGACUGAGCAGUUUCACAAAAAGCAAGAAAUAUGGCUCCAGAAGACUAUCAGGAAGAGGAUUCUUUUUGUUUCAAUGUAGGAGGCUGGCUCUUUUCGAUUCCAAAGUCAAAGCUUUUACAGUUCCAUGACUCGGUAUUGUGGCAAGAAGCUUCCAGCCUUGUUCACUCGGAAGAUGCCAGACUUUUUAUUGACCGGGAUGGAUAUACUUUCCGUCAUGUACACUACUAUUUGCAUACAUCAAAGCUGUCUUUUUCCUGCAUCUCUGAAAUUACUUUGUUGUAUGAGCAAGCUACAGCAAUGUGCCUGACAUCUUUGCAACAGGCUUUGGAUAAUAUGAAAGAAAGUAAACAUCAUUUGCGUGUACGACCUGAAGAUGUACCAGUUACUCAAAGAACCAGUAGGAAUUACUGGAGAACAAGAUGCAACAGUAAACCUUCAGACUUCCAAAUUAAAAGUCCAGCAUUCACAGGUUUACCUGAUAAAGCUCCAUUAGGACUAAUAGACACACCACUGUUGGAUACCGAAGAAGAGGUGCACUGGUAUUUUCUUCCUUUAAAUCUAGUGAAGAAAUACCCUACUUUAAUCAAUGAAGAUAACCUGCUAUGGCUGUGUGAGGAUGUUGUCCUUAUAGAAAUCGGAUGGAGUAAUUUUCGAUAUAUAGCAAAUUUCCUUCUGACUGGCAAGUUUAUUGUACCUGACAAAUUUUCAGAAGUAGAUGCUCUUCUGACUGAAAUGGAGAUGCUUCAAAUUCCAGAACUCAUUGAAGCUGUGAAAUCAUACAAGAGAAAAAUAGCUGGUAAUUCCAAAGAUGCCUCUAUCUCUGGCAAUUCUGUACAUCAUUCUGAAGUGGGUUGUGAGUCUGAAUGUGCUCCAGCAUACAAACCAUUGUAUGUCCUUGUCCUGGAACUAUUAGUGAAAUACCCAGAUUCAGCACUAGGACAACUUUGUAUUGAAAGCAGCCUUGAUGGGAUGAAGCUCUAUAUUUUUGGCAAUGGAGUUCUUUUUCAACAUGUCAGAAGCUGGUUAGGGACAUGUCGUCUACCUUUGACUGAAGACGUAUCUCAAAUGUGUGCAGUUUGUGUUUUUCUGGACCGACAUGACAGUCUGUAUCAGCCCGUAAAGGAUGCCAUGCGACUUUAUCUGCAGAAAAGAAAAAGGGAAACACUUGAAACCAGGCUUAAAAUAAAUAUAUCAGACGAUGGUUGGACUGCUGAUGUAGACAGCCAUACUCUUCACCAGAUUGUGAAAGUUUAUGUGGGAAAUUAUUGGUAUGCCACUUAUCUGAAUACUUUCCUGAAGUAUCCAGAAUUGUUGUAUAAUCGUAACAAAGCACGAUGGAUUGCAUAUGGCAAGACACUUUUCAUCAUUGGAGAUGGUCAGAUGUUCAGGCAUAUUAUCAACUUCCUGAGAUUUGAUCAACUGUAUAUUCCAUCAGGAUUCAAAGAAUGGCCUUUACUUUGUCAAGAAAUAGAAGACUGUAAAAUCCCUGCACUUUCUGAAGCCUUGCAAAAUUGUGAACAAUACAGAAUUUGGUAUGCAGAGAAUGAAGUAGAGACUGUCACAGCAGAAGCAGUUGAUAUUCCUGCAGAAACUGCAAAGUCCGUUUCAUCCAUGGAAUUGCAUGAAAGCAUGGAGGAAAAAGAAAAUGUGUUAAAUCAUGUUACACAACAGGAACAUCCUAGUGAUGCCAAUACUGAAAUAGAUCAAUGCAGACUGAUCAAUUUAAACUGGAGCAAUAAGACAACUCAGUCACGAAAUGUGUCCAUGAAUCCAGCUUCUAAAAGUUACAAUCCAACUCUUUCACCUCGUAAAGCAAGAAAAACUAAAUUCAAUACAGUUCUUGUUGGAGAUAAACAAAUUACUGAGGAAUCUUCUGCUUCAGGUAAUGAAGUAUGUUUGGAAGAAUCAGUAAGUCCACCUCGAAAACGGACAGCUAAGCCACAUCAUAAUGGACAGACAGAAACAAUGACGUCAGUGGCCAAAUUCAUUUCACUCGUUAAUGGAAGGAAGAAUAAUAACACAGAGAAAGCUGGACUUUUGUCCAGUACUGUUCCUAAAGGAAACCAAUUUGAUAAAUCAAUGGAUUUUAAUAAUUUUGACAGUUGGCCACACAAUACUGGAUUCAUUAUAAAAGUCCACCAUCCUCUCCUCCUGGGAAAUGAUGGCUACUCAGAGUUUUACACAGAUAGUGUGUUGUAUAUGAAAUAUUCUACAGACGUAGCUGAUGCACAAUUUGGUCACUCAGAAAGGAGCCAAAUCACAGGUUUAGCAUCUCUCAUCUUUAAUUUAUCGUAUGAAGAAAUAUUUUAUGCCAGGGAAUGUAAUCAUUUUUUGACUGGAAUAAUUCUGGACUCGUAUACUUUGAAGGAUCCUCGACAAAUAACCUGGGAAAUACUGCACCUAGCAAACUUUCUAUGGACCGAACAAAUAACACCGGAAACAUUUGUGUCAAAACUGCUAAAUCUAAAAACCUUCAAGAACCAUAAACAGUUGCAUGACAAAUUGGUUAAAUGGUUAACAUUGACAUUGCCAUUUGCUCGGAAGUAUAGCCACUGCAUGGAGCUACUGUUGAAGAAAGGAUAUUAUAAAUCAGUCUCAUUUCCUGUGUUGGGGAACUAAUUUGAAACAUUCCCAGCAAAUGAAUCUGAUUUCAUUGUAAUAAUUAUAUACAGUGAUAUACUGCCAAUAUUUUAAAACUUUAAAUCAUCAAUAUUGUGGUCAGUGCAAUGAUACUCUAAUCCAUCUGAAAUAAUGAAAAGAAUGCAUGUGGAAAUAUCAAUGUCUCAAAAUGGUUACAAAACAUGCCUAGCUUAUUCAUAAGGUUAUCUUAUCUUGUACGAGUCAAAUUAAACUAAUUUGGUCACAUGAAAUUACCAUGUCUUUCCAGGUAAAACUUAAAAAAAAAAUGUUUUUACAAAUGUCUGAUCUAUCUUUAUAGUAUCAAGAAUGUAAUUGUUUUUUUAAGUAUUUAGUUUUAGCAGAUCCCAACAUUUGUAGGCAUUGAUACUGUCCUUAUUUAGAGAAAAAAAAAAUGUUAAAGUUCAGUUCGUGCAUUUUGUAUGUGUCACUUGGUGAAAAUCAUUCAAUGUUUGAUCCAACAGCUUUUUUUUAAAAACAACCAGCAGUUCACCUUGCUACUGCACAAAAAUAAUCCUGUGCCUAGAAAGUGUGAGGGAAUGAAAGUUCUCCAUCAUGUUCUUGCAGUUCAGACUUACUUACUUUUGGGAGGGGGUCAUCUCAAAUAACUGACGGUUUUGGCUGUACUGCAAGUGGCAUUUGCCACAGUUAAAGUAAGGGGUUUUGACUGAUCAGGAAAAACUAAGUUGGGGCUUGCUUGCUUCCUUUUGUUGAUGUAAAUUAUCUCGCAAACAUGUUACAAGCUGUGACCACCCUAUUGUGGUGCGUAGUUAUGUUCCACUAUAAGGCUAGCAAGCUAAUGCUUAGGUUUAACUUUGAUUCAUUAUUGUUUCUUCUUCUUUCGUGUGGCGUGCACAGCCUAAAGUUGUCGGCCAACUUGUUCUAUUUGAUCUUCCGUUUGUGCACAUCGAGUUGAUUGCAUUAGUCGAAACAGGGCAGACCACGUGAAGAUUGCAAUCUUCCACCCCAUUAUUGUUUCAUUUACAAGCAAAUAGGGCAGAUGCCAUUCAGACUUAAAUAUAUAAAGCCAAGAUUUUCCCAGUAAAAAUUAAAGAAGAUAGUAUUUGUUUUCAUUACAAUGUGAAACUGACUGCAAGUUUUAAUUGCGCAUGCAUACUCUGUUUCUCUGGCACUAUCGGUGGAUUAAUAAGC